AUGUCUGAAAUUAAGAUAAACAAAAAAGUGAGAAAAACAGCAGUGAGAGAAACAAAUCAAGGUGUUGAAGAGCAGGAAGAAGGAGAGCCAGAGGAGUCAGUGGAUGUUGGAGAGAGGGCAUGUGAUGAAAGUGAGGGCUCUGACACAGAGAGGGAAAUUCCAGAGGAUGAGGAGGAUGAAGAAGAGGGUAAGGAGGAAGAAAACAUACAGGGACAGAGAGAGGAACAGCCAGAGGGACAGCAAGUGGAUCCAUGUGGAUCAAGUACUGCACAUCAGAAAUCAGCAAGUCCAAGAAUGAUGUACCAGUACAGCCCAACUUGAAUCUAUUCCCAACCAUUUUGAUGGAGGACAGAAGACGGAGCUUCAGGCCAAACUGGUAUAAUCUUCAUCCAUGGCUUGAGUAUUCUGUCAUGAUGGACUCGAAAUAUUGCUAUGCAUGUAGACAUUUUUCAUUUUGUAUUGCCCUACCUCUC